AUGUGCACAGAAACAAGCCCUUUGUUCAUUCAUGAUUAAAAGAAAAGAAAAUUUUGUUUGGUAUUUCUGAGUCAUUGCAUUGAAAUUGCCACACCACAACCCCCAUUUGUUUGCCUUUAAUUUGUUUGCUUCUGUGUUUUGUCCCUUUCUUCAGCCUCAUAUCCAAUUUCUCCAUUAAAACAGACACCACUUUGUCCAAAAUUUGCCACCAUUUUUAACCUAAUCUUCAUCUCCUUUUCUGUCUCUCAAAAUUAAAAACUUUUUAAAAACCCCCUUACAUUUCUUUCUGCCUUCCAAAACAAAUACAAUGACCACUCUCUCUGAAACCUAUCGAGACCACCCUCUGCAUCUCCAGCACAUCGUCCCUCUCGACUUCGCUUCGUUUCGGGCCGUCCCUGACUCCCAUGAAUGGCCUCGGUCGGCCUCUUCUUCUCAUGGGCUUCGUACGAAUGGAGAUGUUUCGAUUCCCACCAUCGAUCUAGCAGACCCCGAUGCAGGUGUGUUGAUUGGCAAUGCGUGCGAGACCUGGGGAGUGUUCCACUUGACGAACCAUGGCGUGCCGAUGAGCCUGAUGGAGAGAGCCGAGGGCGAGGCGGGGCGGCUGUUCAAUCUCCCGAUGAGACGGAAGCUGAAGGCGCUGCGGGCUCCGGACGGCGCAGCCGGGUAUGGGUUGCCUAGAAUAACGCCGUUCUUCUCUAAGUAUAUGUGGCAUGAGGGAUUUACUAUUAUGGGGCCUCCGGUUGACCAUGCUUCACAACUUUGGCCUUCAAACUACAAACCAUUCUGCGAUGUCAUGGAAGAAUAUCAGACAAAAAUGAAGGCCUUAUCGGAGCGAAUUAUAAAUCUAAUCUUCAACUUCCUGAAAAUUCACGACGCCGGAACCAUGACGUGGCUCCAUUCCGCCGGCGCCGGCGAAUCCUCCGCCAGCAGCACCGCCCUGCAACUGAACUGCUACCCGCCGUGCCCCGACCCGACCCGAGUCAUGGGCCUGGCCCCGCACACCGACACGUUCCUGUUGACGAUCCUCCACCAGAACCGCACGUGCGGCCUCCAGAUCUUCAAGGACGGCGUCGGCUGGGUACCGGUGGCGCCGGUCGCCGGUGCACUCGUGGUCAACGUCGGCGACCUCUUCCACAUCCUGUCCAACGGGAUGUUCCCGAAUGUUCUCCACCGGGUCGUCGUCGACCCGACCCGCCGCCGGUUGUCUCUGGCGUAUUUCUACGGGCCGCCGCCGGAAUUCUGUGUUUUUCCGUACUGUAAAUCGUUGAAGGAUCCGCCGCAGUACCGGCCGGUGGUGGUGAAGGACUACGUCCGGUUGAAGGCCAAGAAUCUCGACAAUGCGCUCUCUAUGAUCAAAAUAUGAAUUAGGUUUAAAAUUUGAGUUUAAAUUUUAUUAUUGUAAUAGUAAUAAUAAUUUGAUCAUAUA